CGUGGCGAAAGAAUCGAAAAGCAAAGUCAAUCGUCGAAAAAAGUUUUACCGGUACGGUCCUCAGUUUUUGUUGUAGCACUAGUAGGCGGUCGACUGCCGAAUUGAAUUUUGAAAUUAUAUUUAGUUGAGGCUCGUCUGAAGUGAUCCCAAAUCAAUACCAAUAUGUGGCGCCUGACAGCAGCUUUGCUCCUCGUCAGCUUCAUUGCCGCCUCGACCGGCGCGGAGCAGGAUGUCCUCGAGUUGGGAGACGACGACUUCGCCACCACCCUGAAGCAGCAUGAAACCACCUUGGUUAUGUUUUAUGCCCCCUGGUGCGGCCAUUGCAAGCGUUUGAAGCCCGAGUACGCCAAGGCGGCUGAGAUCGUCAAAGACGAUGAUCCGCCAAUCAAGCUGGCUAAGGUCGACUGUACUGAGGCCGGCAAGGAAGUCUGCAGCAAGUACUCUGUCAGCGGCUAUCCCACGCUGAAGAUCUUCAAGCAGGACGAGGUGUCGAAUGACUACAAUGGACCGCGCGAGGCCGCUGGCAUUGCCAAGUACAUGCGCGCCCAGGUGGGACCUGCCUCCAAGACCAUCCGCAAUGUUGCCGAGCUGUUAAAGUUCCUGGAUACCAAGGACACUUCGCUGUUUGGUUACUUUAGCGAUGUUGAUUCCAAGUUGGCUAAGGUCUUCUUGAAGUUUGCCGACAAGAAUCGCGAGAAAUACCGCUUCGGACACUCCAGCGAUGACGAAGUCCUGAAGAAGCAGGGCGAAACCGAUGCUAUUGUCUUGAUCCGUGCCCCCCAUCUGAGCAACAAGUUUGAGUCCUCCACCAUCAAGUUUGAGGGCAGUUCCGACUCCGAUCUGAUCACCUUCGUCAAGGAGAACUUCCAUGGUCUGGUGGGUCACCGCACACAGGAUUCGGUUCGCGACUUCCAGAACCCUCUGAUCACCGCUUACUUCAGCGUUGACUAUCAGAAGAACCCCAAGGGUACCAACUACUGGCGCAACCGUGUCCUCAAGGUGGCCAAGGAGUUUGUGGGUCAGAUUAACUUUGCGAUCGCCUCCAAGGAUGACUUCCAGCAUGAACUGAACGAGUACGGCUACGAUUUCGUCGGAGACAAGCCCGUGAUCCUAGCUCGCGAUGAAAAGAAUCUCAAGUACGCCCUGAAGGACGAGUUCUCCGUGGAGAAUCUGCAAGACUUUGUGGAGAAGCUGCUGGCCAAGGAGUUGGAGCCAUACAUCAAGAGCGAAGCCGUGCCCGAGUCGAACGAUGCCCCCGUCAAGGUGGCCGUGGCCAAGAACUUUGACGAGCUUGUAAUCAACAACGGCAAGGACACGUUGAUCGAGUUCUAUGCCCCCUGGUGCGGUCACUGCAAGAAGCUGACCCCCAUCUAUGAGGAGCUGGCCGAGAAGCUGCAGGACGAGGAGGUUGCCAUCGUGAAGAUGGACGCCACCGCCAACGAUGUGCCGCCUGAGUUCAAUGUUCGUGGCUUCCCCACGCUCUUCUGGCUGCCCAAGGACGCCAAGAACAAGCCAGUGAGCUACAAUGGUGGUCGGGAGGUCGACGACUUCCUCAAGUACAUCGCCAAGGAGGCGACCACAGAACUGAAGGGCUUCGACCGCAGCGGCAAGCCCAAGAAGACCGAGCUGUAAGCUGCACGCACGCCAACUAUAGCAUUUCCAUAUUUUUGUAAAAUCGAAUGCAUUCUCUUAACAUAUUUGAGCGGAAAAUUGUAUUAAAUUAUUUGAUAGUGAUGAACGCGUAUGAACACAAAUUGAUGAUUAUGUCGCAAUAAACUUAAAUCUUCAUUUAAUAA